CAAAUGAAAUGAAACAACCGCCCACGACGAAAACACGUCGUCCGACAGACAGCAUUUCCGUCCCGCGCGCAAUCGCGGCGCACAAUUCAACACCGCCUUGCUGACCUCCCGCCCCCGCCGUGAUUCUAGAGUGCCCCCUCCUCAGCUGCUUCUUGCUGCCUGUCUCCGAUUUCGAUGAUGGUGGUAGGGCAGCGAGCUAUCCGUAUAGCCCUUUGUUAAGCCGUCUGGGUUUCCGUCGUCCCGCGUUUGCGACAUAACCUCUAUCCACUACCUUGCAUACCUACAUUACCUACCUAGGGUCUCUAUACCGUUAAGGAACUUAAUAACCUAGGCUCGCCAUGGCUGCGUCCCGUCGUGGCCAGCCGCCCCUCUCGGUGCGACUGCCACAGACGAAUGUGUCACAGGCCGCCGCGCUGCCCGAUCUCCCGCCCAUCUCGGCCCUCUUCCUAAUCGACUUCGACGUCAAGGCUGGAUACACCAUCGUAUGGAAACAGGCCGUGCCCGGGCUCGAGCUCGAGGGUGUCGUCGAAUACAAGAGCCUGCCCUCGGGCUUGCACACAGUAUCCGAUGACCUCAUCUACUUUGUCCACGGCGGUGGCCAUGCUGGCCUCAGCGCCUUCGUCAACGAGAGGACCGACGAGGAGGAGACGCGCCAUGCGCGCAUGAUAGCCGUCGGUGUCUUGGUGCCCUUGAGCUACGGAAGACUUGGUAGGGCCUGGCGUCACGCCGACGCCCUGAAACACAUGGCCAGCAAGCUAGCUGCCGACCGGAAACAAACACAGCUCCUCGAGCAGUAUUGGGAGGCGAAUGGGGCCUACGAGACAUCGGCGUUGCAGCCGUUGAAAGAGACACCGCUUAGCUCGCCGGCUCUGAGCUUUAAGCAGUCUCACCCCGGGCAGGGUAAAGGCCACGCGAGAAACCGGUCGGCUUCGGACGGCACUGCCUUGCUCCCGCCGGGACACAGGCUGUCGCCAUACCACCCCGCCUGGAGCCUCACGUCGCUGCUUGACACAUUCGGACCCCUGAUUUUCCCCAUCCAUCGCGCUGCCCUGUUGCGGAAACGCAUUCUAAUAUCCACCCAUGCACCGGUGCAUGAGGUCUGCAAUUUCGUGUAUGAUAUAUCUGUCUUGUCGAACAUUCCCCUGUCUGUUGGCGACAUUAUAGACCCGUCCGCUUCGGUCCAGCGCCUUCGGCCACUCUUCACAAUUGGUGUGCAUGAUAUUUUGUAUCUGCUCGAGCACCAGGCGACAAUGAAAACCCAAGCCGGCCGGCACGACGAAGAUCACAAUGCCGCAGCCGACGAGGCGAGCUCGGGGUGGGUCGCCUGCACCACGGACAGUAUCCUUGCCAUAAAAGAAGGGCUGUGGGACAUGCUCGUCACUUUGCCGCCUGUGUACUCGGCCAACGCCAAGGAGCGGGUCUGGCCGACGGUUGAAUGCCCAAAGGGUGUCCAAAUAAAGGCCACCCAACGCGAUCUCCGCCGUUUUCGCGCUCUAAGGGCAGGCCUCGCACGGUUCGCGGCAGCUUCGGCCGGCACACAGACACGAGGUGUUCAUAGCCCCGUUUCGGAGACAACUGAAGCGUCCACCUCUGCCACAUCGGCAAUUCGGCUAUCACAGCCUACGUCGCGACUAGGGACGGCGUCUGAAGACGGCGCGGCGCGCCAGGGCCAGAUCGGGGACGACGACGCCGACAAGAUCGUGGAGCCCACCACGUGGGCUGCCCUAGCGUAUAGCGGGUUUAUGUGGUGGGCGUCAGCUGGCGAGCAAAGGCGGAGCGACGAGGUCGAUGAGUCAGCGCACGACUCGGGCUUGCUGGCCGACCUAGGGCCGUCAAUGGCAAUGCCCCAACGGAAAUCUAGCUUCAGUGCAGACCCCAGCAGCGUCUUGGUGGACUCAAUAUCGUCUUUGACGGCACGGCAGCCGGGAAGCGGGCAGGACGGCGAGGGCCAGGCUGACCUUGAACUGGCUAUCAUCGCCUACUUCCACCGACUGACGACAUCGAUGCUCGGCGUUCUGGCGGAUAUUGUCGACAGCGCCGACGACGACGACAUGGCGGACGUCGACUUUGGGGCCUUGGCCGAGGACGAGAGCGCCGAGGAGGCGGGGCUGCUGGGCUCGAGCGGAAGCAGUGGAGUCGACGGGAGCCGGGGGUGGGUCCGCGUGGACAGCGAGGCGCUCGGGAACAUGGGACUCGACGUGUGGAGCAAGUCGGACGCCGACUUUGUCAGGGAGCUUACGGCGCGCUACUUUUCGAGGCGGGCCUACGUCGAAACCAAGGGCGUCGAGGUCUGCGGCAUGCGGGUGUGCUGAGAGAGAAAAAGAGUCAAGGGUUGAACUCGCCUUCGUUUCCAUUUGGGGUUGGGGGCCUAUUGGGAGUCUUUGGGGUCAUAUUAAUAUAUAUACCUAGCUACGGGUGAGAGGGGGUUGUGUGGGAACGCCGACAGUUUUACCACGAGUACUUAUAGUCCUGCGCGGGGAGCUUGGCUGGCUGGGAGCGCGGGGGUGCUGCUUUCAUCUUCUGUAUCUAUAUUCAUCAACCUGGGGUAUUGUGGGGACUAGGGAAAAUAAGGUUGUCCGUCUUAUGAUAUACCAGGCCUGGGGGCGUUGUCCUGGGUGUUGAGACGAGUUGAGAAACUCUGAGGAGACACGACAACGGGAAAAAGCGGUUGGAGCAACCCUAACCCUAGAAACAAGCAUCACUUUUCACAUUUAGAAAUCAGAAAUCGAUUUUAUUCCAUGAGGCUAAU